AUGGCCUUUCAAGGGUCUUUGUUGCUAGGCCUCUUUCUAUUAUUAACCAACGUCUUGGUUUUAAUAGAAGUCUCAUUAGCUGCAAAUGUGCCAAGCCAUGAAAUUACACUUCCAUUCAACCGCACCAUUUUCCCAUCUGAAUUCAUAUUUGGGGCUUCCUCUUCCACCUAUCAGUAUGAAGGAGCUUGGAAUGAAGAUGGUAAAGGCCCCAGUAUAUGUGAUACCUUUACCCACACUCAUCCUGAAAAAAUAUUGGAUCACAGCAAUGGAGAUGUAGCUCUUGACUUUUAUCAUCGGUACAAGGAUGACCUUAAACUAGCAAAAUUUGAAGGACUGGAUGCCUUUAGGUUUUCUAUCUCUUGGACAAGAAUUCUACCACAUGGGAAGCUAAGUAAAGGAAUAAAUCAAGCUGGUAUCGACCACUACAACAGUCUCAUCAAUGAGAUUGUAGCCCUUGGUAUCAAACCUUUGGCAACACUUUUCCAUUGGGAUGUGCCUCAAGCACUAGAAGAUGACUACCUUGGUUUUCUCAGCCCUAAGAUUGUGGAAGAUUUCCUAGAUUUCGUGGAGAUUUGCUUUAAAUUUUUUGGACAUAGGGUGAAGCUGUGGUCAACCAUGAACGAGCCAUGGAUUUUUUCAGUGACCGGUUACGACAGUGGCACGUUGGCACCCGGCCGGUGUUCUGUUUGGAGGAACAAUAACUGUUCCGCUGGAAAUUCUGCCACCGAGCCUUAUACAGUUAGCCACAAUAUCCUUCUUGCUCAUGCAGCUGCUGCUAAACUCUAUAGGCAAAAAUACAAGCCAACUCAAAAAGGGGAAAUCGGAAUUAUUCUAGUGUCUCACUGGUUCGAGCCUUUCUCCAACAAACCGGAGGACAUUAGAGCAUCUAGACGAGCACUUGAUUUUAUGCUUGGAUGGUUAUUACACCCUUUGACUUAUGGAGAUUAUCCCAUAAUCAUGAAGGGACUUGUCGGAAAGCGCUUACCAAAAUUUACCCCUAAAGAAUCUGAAUUGGUAAAAGGGUCCUUUGAUUUCCUUGGAAUGAACUAUUACACCUCAAAUUUUGCAGCCCAUCUAUCUAGUCCACUUAAUACUGCCAAUGUCAGCUUCACAACUGAUAAUCAAGUUAAUCAGACGACUUCACGAAAUGGACAGCUUGUUGGUGAUCCGACGGGUGUGAGUAUUUUCUUUGUUGCACCAAGGGGACUCUAUAAGCUUCUUCUUUACAUAAAGAAACAUUACAAGAAUCCCAAAAUUUACAUCACAGAGUGCGGAAUGGGUGAGUCUAAUAUUACCAAAGUUGAAGAGGGUGUGAAUGAUAUCCAGAGAGUUGACUUUUAUAAACGCCACAUCAAGGCUCUUUACGAAGCUUUUAAAGAGGGGGUGAACGUUCAUGGUUUCUUUGCAUGGUCAUUUUUCGACAACUUUGAAUGGGGUUCAGGAUACACCCAGAAGUUUGGCAUCAACUUUAUAGACUACAAGAAUAAUCUCAAAAGAUACCCCAAAAAAUCUGCUCUUUGGAUGAAGAGAUUCCUUCUCAAGUAGAAUCGUGAUUCUGUGCUGAAUGUAUCAAAUAAAAGUUCCGUAAUGGAAGUGUUUCAAGCGUAUUAUCUAUGAUUGCCCGUUUUAAUACCUUCUUUAUGAUUCUGCAACAAGUUUUAUUAUAUCUAGGAAAAAUACAUAAGUUGCCUUAAAUUAGUACUACAAAUUUAUGUUGCUAAUCUUAUUUAGCGACAAAUUAACGAUGAA